GUAGUAUUUACCGGUGAACACUAGAUGUCAGCCCAUCAACAGUGUAUCUAAUGCGGGUACUUUGGCCGCUAGGUGGUAGCUCUGCACCAGGAUUUCCUCCUCCCAGGUCGUCGAAACAACAAACCGAACUACGGAGCAAGCGGGGUGAGAGAACGUCCGAAACCGCCUCUGACCGCGACUUUUAAACUCUUUUUACUGAAUUGUAGUGGAAUUCAGACGGAGGCUGUAUACGAAUAGUAAAAGUUCUGCCGGGACUGCAUUUCACAACAAGGUUACAUGCAACCUGUCCCUCUCUUGUAUUUUCUGAGGAUCUCAAGCCAGUCAUAAGUUGCAGUUAUCCAGAAGAUGUUACAGAAAUGAUAGCAGCACCAGAAAUACCAUCAGAGUUCUCCUUUACUCAGGAUACAGACACCCGAUUCUCUUCAGACACAGACUUCUCUGAGGAUCUCGAUGGAAGGAGUGCAACCCCAGCUAAAGGAAAGGGUGGAAAGAAGGGGAAGAAGGCAGCAGGGGAGAAAGGCAAAGGAGGGAAAGGAGCCGGUCGGCUAAAUGGCCACCACCAGGAGAAUGGCAUGGAAAACAUGAUGCUGUUUGAGGUGGUGAGGCUGGGCAGGAGUGCAAUGCAGUCUGUCGUUGAUGACUGGAUUGAGUCUUACAAACAUGACAGAGAUGUUGCGCUACUAGAUCUCAUCAAUUUCUUCAUCCAGUGCUCGGGAUGUAAAGGUGUUGUCAGUGGAGAAAUGUUUCGCAACAUGCAGAACUCUGAGAUCAUUCGACGAAUGACAGAGGAAUUUGAUGAGGACAGUGGGGACUACCCUCUAACCAUAGCAGGACCCCAGUGGAAAAAGUUUAAAUCAAGCUUUUGUGAAUUCAUUUCGGUGCUAGUGCGCCAGUGUCAAUACAGUAUCAUCUAUGAUGAGUACAUGAUGGACACAGUCAUCUCCCUUCUCACUGGACUGUCAGACUCCCAAGUCCGAGCCUUCAGACACACCUCAACACUGGCAGCCAUGAAGCUGAUGACAGCCCUGGUGAAUGUAGCUCUGAAUUUAAGCAUCAACAUGGACAACACUCAGCGACAGUAUGAGGCAGAGAGGAAUAAGAUAGUGGCCAAAAGGGCUAAUGACAGACUGGAGCUGCUUCUGCAGAAACGCAAAGAGCUCCAAGAAAAUCAGGAUGAGAUUGAAAAUAUGAUGAAUGCAAUAUUCAAAGGCGUGUUUGUUCACAGAUAUCGUGAUGCGAUAGCAGAAAUCAGGGCAAUCUGUAUAGAAGAGAUUGGAGUGUGGAUGAAACUCUAUAGUGAUGCCUUCCUCAACGACAGCUAUCUGAAGUAUGUGGGAUGGACGAUGCACGAUAAGCAAGGUGAGGUACGUCUGAAGUGUCUGACAGCUCUGCAGGGACUCUACUACAACAGAGAACUCAAUGCAAGACUGGAACUCUUCACCAGUCGCUUCAAGGACCGUAUUGUCUCCAUGACUCUUGACAAAGAGUAUGAUGUUGCAGUUCAAGCAAUUAAACUACUCACCCUUGUAUUGAAUAGUACGGAUGAGGUGUUGACGCCUGAGGACUGUGAGAGUGUCUAUCACUUGGUCUACUCGGCACACAGGCCUGUCGCCAUUGCAGCUGGAGAAUUCCUCUUUAAGAAAUUGUUCAGCCAGCGAGAACCAGAGGAGGAAGGUGCCCCCAAGAGGAGAGGCAGACAAAGCCCCAACGCCAACCUCAUUAAGACCACUGUCUUCUUCUUUCUGGAGAGUGAGCUCCAUGAGCAUGCAGCCUACCUAGUGGACUCUCUUUGGGAAUGUGGUGCAGAGCUACUGAAGGACUGGGAGUGUAUGAUUAGCCUACUCCUAGAUGACCCAUUGCCAGGAGAGGAAGCUCUUACAGACAGACAAGAGACAGCCUUGAUUGAAAUCAUGCUGUGCACUGUACGCCAGGCCGCUGAAUGCCACCCACCUGUAGGAAGGGGCACAGGAAAGAGGGUGAUGACGGCUAAGGAGAAGAAGACUCAGCUGGAUGACAGAACCAGAAUGACAGAGCUGUUUGCUGUGGCUUUGCCCCCUCUACUGGCCAAGUACGCUGUGGAUGCAGAGAAGGUGACUAACUUGUUGCAGCUGCCUCAGUACUUUGACCUGGAAAUUUAUACCACAGGUCGUCUAGAGAAGCACCUGGAAUCCCUGCUGCGUCAGAUCAGGGAAAUUGUGGAGAAGCACACAGACACUGAAGUUUUGGAGGUCUGCUCCAAGACUUACCAUGCCCUCUGCAAUGAGGAGUUCACAAUCUUUAACAGGGUGGACAUUGCUCGCUCACAGCUGCUAGAUGAGCUGGUGGACAAGUUCAACAGGCUACUGGAGGAUUUUUUACAAGAGGGUGAAGAGGCUGAUGAAGAUGAUGCUUAUCAGGUUUUGUCAACUCUAAAGAGGAUCACAGCUUUUCACAAUGCACAUGACCUGUCGGGGUGGGACCUGUUUACCAGCAACUUCAAGCUGCUCAACACAGGCAUAGAGAAUGGAGACAUGCCUGAGCAGAUAGUCAUCCAUUCGCUGCAGUGUACCCACUAUGUGAUCCUGUGGCACCUAGCCAAGACAUCUGAGGGUGGCUCCAGAAAGGAUGACAUGGUGACCCUGAGGAAGCAGAUGAGGGCUUUCUGUAUGAUGUGUCAGCGCUACCUCACCAAUGUCAACACAGCCGUCAAAGAACAGGCAUUCACCAUCCUAUGUGAUCUCCUGCUCAUCUUUAGCCACCAGAUGGUGUCCGGAGGCAGGGAACACCUGGAGCCUCUGGUCUAUUCUCCAGAGGACUCGCUGCAGUCUGAACUGCUCUCUUUCAUCUUGAAUCAUGUCUUCAUAGACCAGGAUGAUGACACAAAUAGCACAGAUGGGCAACAGGAUGAUGAGGCAGUAAAGAUUGAAGCUCUGCACAAGAGGAGAAACCUCCUUGCUGCCUACUGUAAACUGAUCAUCUACUGUGUGGUAGACAUGAAGACGGGAGCUGACAUCUUUAAACAGUACAUGAGGUAUUAUAAUGACUAUGGUGACAUCAUCAAGGAGACUAUGAGUAAGACUCGGCAAAUCGACAAAAUUCAAUGUGCCAAGACACUCAUCCUCAGUCUGCAGCAGUUGUUCAAUGAAAUGCUGUCUGAAUUGGGUCAUGGGUUUGAUCGCUCCUCCUCUUCAUUCUGUGGAAUCAAAGAGUUGGCCCGACGUUUUUCUCUAACCUUCGGUCUCGACCAAGUCAAAACAAGGGAUGCUAUCGCUAUGCUGCACAAGGAUGGUAUCGAGUUUGCAUUUAAGGAUCCUAGUACCCAUGGAGAGGGAGGCCCUCCCCUUAACCUGGCUUUCUUGGACAUCCUCAGCGAGUUCUCCUCCAAGCUUAUGAGACAAGACAAGAGGACUGUCCACAUGUACCUGGAGCGCUUCAUGACGUUCCAGAUGGCACUGCAGCGAGAGGACUGCUGGCUCCCCCUCAUCUCCUACAGGAAUUCCUUGCAGGCUGGGGGUGAUGACGAUACCAUGUCAGUGAUGAGUGGCUACUCCAGCAGAGGCUCCUCCAUCCGCUCCAAGAAGAUCAAGCCUCCUGCUGCUACAGCUGGAACUUCAGCAGCCAAGAGGAAGCUGCCAGAAGAGGAGAGCAGCAGCAGCAGCGAGGUGUGGCAGCAGAGCAUGCAGACCCCAGUUAUGUUGCCGUCCCCCCACCUCACCUCCACUGCCAUGCGAGACCCUAAGAGGGGCCGUGAUGACAGCUUCAUGGGGGUGUACCCCCUCCCCCACGACCAGCAGCAGCCCCACCAACACCCGCAGCACCAUCAACAGACGCCUCAGCACCACCAAACACCUAUGGAUUACAAUUCCCAGGUGACGUGGAUGCUGGCUCAAAGACAGCAGGAAGAGGCACGCCAGCAGCAGGAGAGAGCCAUGAACUACGCCAAGCUCAGGACCAAUCUGCAGCAUGCUAUUCGUCGUGGUACUGGGCUCAUGGAGGAAGACGAAGAGCCGAUCGUGGAGGAUGUGAUGAUGUCAUCUGAGGGACGUAUGGAUGACCUCAAUGAAGGCAUGGACUUUGACACAAUGGACAUUGAUCUGCCACCCUCAAAGAACCGCCGUGAAAGGUCUGAGCUCAAGCCAGACUACUUUGACCCUGCUUCUAUCAUGGAUGAGUCGGUCCUUGGGGUGUCAAUGUUUUAAGCUAAUAUCCAGAUGGUUUUGACGCUGGGAUAACAGAAGAGGCGCUUUGUAUUUAAAGAGAAUUUUAGAUGCGAAAACAGAAGUGUUUUCUGUAAGAAAAGCAAAAAAAAAAAAAAAAAAUCUGGCUUGUGCUCCACGUGGACCAAUGACAACCCACACUCAGUGUUGCUUGCUCAGAGAGGACAUUGUUUCAAAUAUUUACUUUUAUAAUCUUGGGUAAGCUCUUCCUGUUCAGAACUAGUGUAACGGGCCACAUCCAAACCUAUUAGAAAUGAGACAUGUAUGAAGAGAAAUCCAUAAUAGCUUUUUUUUUCCUGUCCUUUUUUCUUUUCUUUUUUUUUAUAAACGGGGAUGAUUUGGUGUGUUUAACUUAAGAUACAUUUUUUUGUUUAUGUCUAACCCUUUUUACAAUUGUAGUAAGUUACCAGGUGUGAAGUAGUAAUUUAUAAACAGACUGUAGUAGCUUGCUUGUACUGUGUUAGCCAAGUGGAUGGAGGUCUUUUUGUUUCUGUGCUCCUUUGUUUUUUCCUCUAUCUCUAAAGUUUUGUCCGUGUUGUUGGGCCUGAUUCGGGGUCCUGGUAACCACUGGUGGUUAGGAUGGUGAGGUGUCACGUAGAAUCAGUCAUGAUCCCUUUAUGCUGUGAAGAUUCCCAGAGUCCACUGAACGCUCCACACUGUUACGCAGUAAGUCCUAGAGCUUACCCCAAGAUUUGGACCACUGCUUAACCUCCAUCUACUAGAGAAAUGUGUCUUGAUGCCCCCCCCCCC